GAGGUGACCUUGGAGAGAUUGAACACGACGGCGAAGCUAGGAUUGACGCUGUGCUACGGCGCCGGUGAUGGCGCCGACACGGACAUCUUCAUCAGCGAGGUGCGUGCUAAACACUUCGUUGAUUGUAACGUGUGUCUGUGCUUGCCUGUUUUGCAGAUCAACGGUAUCGAUGUACAUACGCGCGACCAGGCAGUGAAGUUGUUCUCCGAGGACCGCCCAGACAUUACGCUGCUCGUUGCCAGACCUCAGUUCCAGGUGGACGAUGGCUUUCUGGAUGAGCACACUAGUGUCUACUUGGACGAGCUGCAGAUAGAGAUGCUGGAGCAGCAGCACAGGCAGAACAUGCAGUUCACAGCCCAGGGCGGCCGAGGCGGCGGCGACGAUGAUGGAGCGCUGGAUGGCUCCGGCGGUCAGGAGAAACACGAGAAGGACAGCGGGGUAGGCCGCACGGACGAGUCGACGAAGAACGACGAGUCGUCCGAGCCGGAGAUGAACGAGACGGAGUGCGCGUCGCCGAGCAGCCGACGCGGCGGCGGCGGCGGCGGCGGCGCAGACGAUAGCAACCUCGGCAGCAACGACAGCUUCACGUCGAACGAACACGAGUUCUGCAGCAGCGACGUCAUCGCCAACUCCGCGUCCGCCGGCGACGCGCGGGUCGGAUUCCGCGAAGCCCUCGAGACGAAGCUGAGCUCGCAGGACGAGGCCAGCGUGACGACGACGACGAUGCCGCCGCUGCAGGCGCGGGUCGACUCCCAGAGCAGCAUCGACCGCGAGCUGGAAGCCCUGCACCGCGAGAUGGAGAACAUUCAGUUGGAGUGUCAGUCGAUAGUGCAGAACCACGCACGCGAGGAGCAACGCCUGCUCGCCCAGUCCCCGCCGCCGCCGCCCGCGACCGUGGCGGCCCCGGAGGAAUCGCCGGACGCGUGGCGAGUCAUCGGGGGGUCCGACAGCGGGCGGGAGGGCGGGCGGCGCAGCGGCGGAGGAGGGGGAAGGACGCGCAAGGUCGAGGAGAAGGAGAAGGACUCGUCGAGCGCGUACAACACAGGAGAGAGCGGCCACAGCUGCCGCAGCACGCCGCUGACGCUGGAGCUGACGCCGCCGCCGCCGACGCACGCGAACGUCGUCGUCAACGGCAACGACCACCGCGAGUCGACGAUGUCGCUCUGCGAUCCGGAGCGCACGCGGGAACGCUACGAGGAGCGGCGGCGGCCCGCCCCCGAGGUCGCCGAGACGAUGUACACGAACCCGGAGCAUCUUCAGCACACGAUACUCCUGCAGCAGCGCAUGCUGCAGGACCGGCUCGCGAGGCAGGGCCGCCUCGACCCCCGCGCCGGGUGCUACCUCGACUCGACGCUCGGCAGCGAGAUGUCUCAGAUCCCGGAGGGCGUCGAGGUCGAGUGGAAGGUGAAGCGGCGCGCGGACGGCACCCGCUACAUCACGCGGCGGCCCGUGCGGAACCGCAUCCUCAAGGACCGCGAGACGAAGCUGCUGGAGGAGCGCUGCGGCAUGACGACGGACGACGACACGAUGAGCGAGCUCAAGGUCGGCCGCUACUGGUCGAAGGAGGAGCGCAAGCGCCACCUGGAACGCGCGCGCGACCAGAAGCGACGUCGCGAGUACAUGCAGCGCGCGCGCAUGGAGAGCCUGAAGGAGGCGGUGGGCGAGGACGGACGCAAGCGGCCGAGCAUCCUCGAGCUGAGCCAGAAGAAGAUGGAGAAGAGGCAGAUGAAGGGGAAGAAGUUUGACGACUUUGUGACGGUGCAGGAGAUGAUGGUUCAUGGCGGACAGACGCUGACAGCGCCGGGCAGCAAGCUGCUAUCCGUCACCACCGUGUAAAUAACGCACGACCUCCGUAAAGGUCGCUCACUCCCUCCCCUCCCCCAUUCUUGCCCUAGGUCUCUUGCUUCCUCUUCUCCCUUUGGUCCCACCCACAGCGCGUUCCUGUCUCCCUCCCCUCCUUCCAUUCACACCCACCCAUCAAUUCUUCAGUCCCACCCCUACACACGGUCCCUCUCUCUCUCUGCCCUCAUCCAGUUCACACCCAGCCACCAGUCCCUCUCUCCCUCCCGUCCCUCCGGUCCAACACACACCCGGUACGUCCCACCCUCACUUUACUAACCACACAUCUCAAUCGCCAUGCCUUUCUCCCUCCCUCCUGCUGCAUCUCCCCUUCUCCUUCUGCCCCCAACGUGAGCCCUCUGCCGAGCUAAUACUCCUUGUAGGUAUUGCCCACGGUGGUGGCAACCGCAGCCGCAAAAUGUCCAUUAUGACACCGCGGUGCCGAACUGCGACGCGGGUUCUAAAUUUAUUUAUUGGAUACUGGUGUUUAACUGCGCGUACGAGCGCGGAGAGUUGUCGAUGGUCGGAGACAGCUUCGCCAAUCCUAGCACUGUCGUCUGCCUGCCGUACGCGCGCGCAUGCGCAGGGCCGUUACGCGCUGACAAUUUGUUAACUGACCAUUGGACCUCCCCCUACCCCGUGUGUGUAGCUGGUCGAACGUUGUGCGAUGACGGGGAGGUGAAAUGUUUCUUGUGCGGCGUCUGCAGCGGGCGGUCCUGGCCGCGGUUUUGCCACCAGAGGGCGCGAUGAUGUAUAUCUGGUGAAUUACAGAUACUCGCGACCCCCCCCCCCCGCGUGUGUUUUUCAGGGGCGGUUAUCAGGAAGUUGUUGCUGGGAAAGCUUUUGAUUUAGACCCGUUAAAACACACGCUGGUAACGUUCGUCGCAUUCUUCCCUAGUUUUACGAACGGGAGGAAAACGUGAAAACGCCGCCUAGCCGUUGUUGCCAUGGUGAUGCGUGUAUCGCACAUAACAAGAAGCAUUUCGUCUGAAUCGUGCUUUAAGAUAUAGCGGACAAAUUGUGUUCUAUCAGACAUAUAUAUGAGUUAUAAAUAUGUGAAUAUGUUGGCACUGUAAUGAGAUAUUGUGUAGUUUAAUGGAAAUUUAUAUUGUAAUUGCUAUCAAUGUAAAACUGAGCGCGUACUUGGUAAGAAAGGUCUCUGAUAAUGCUACGUAAUGUAUAGCCUAUGUAUCAUAAAAAUCAACUAUAGUGUAUACACGUAGAAGUGUGGGACGCCAUAACAAAGCCUCGUGGUCGUUGUUAUUCCAGUAACGUGAGUUAGUCGUUCAUUUGCAAAGUGAACUUUUAUCAACCGCCAGCGUGAGAGUUGUGUAGAUGUACCUAUAGCAUGUAAUCGAUCGAUCAUGGAAUGUAAUAUUCUACACUCUUUCAGCACCGAACCUUCGUGCAAAAUACCUGUACCGGAUGAUUAUCAACGGGUUUCUUUAGUCGAGAUCAGAAGCUGCGUACAAAGGAACGAAUAAAUAAAGAGAUAACUUGGUUGGUUUCUACUCAACCGUGCGGUUCAAACGUACCUGCUAACGUUUCGCGUUCUAGCAGGAGGCUUUUUCAAGUAGUGACAUCAAAGAGAUCUAUGCGUUUUGCUCUGUCGUUCGAGCCAGAGCUGAUGUUGAUGCAAUUGUUUUCCCCCCAAUAGUAGCUACCGUCUGUCUCUGUCGCUUCCUAGCGCAGUGUGUGUUGCCUCGCACAGUGUUUGCUGUGCGCCCGGUUCGCGUGGGGUGGGUAUUGUUCGUCCCCCCUACCCUUUUGCAUUGGUAUAACUGUGCGACUGUAAGACACGAGUGGUUGCUAUAAUCCCCCCUAUUGGAAUUUCCGCGUAAUUCUUCUGUUCACAGUCUAUAUUUUGUGCUGUUUACUGUUUUGCCUGCGUAGCGUGGAGUAAGUAUGCGCGCAAAUUUGAGUUUUUUUAGUCGAAUGCACUCACUGCCGGUUCGCCGUUGUUAACGUACCGCGUUAAAAUCCCGCCUCAGUGGCAACGGCUCCCGUUAGCCGGGCCCUUUAGGAAACCUCCCAUCCCUUUCAGUAGGAGUUGCUCUCUGCAAGCUCCAUGCUGACUUUGGCCGCCGCCAGAUGUCGUGCGAGUAGCUAGCGGGUCGUCGCGUGGCGGCCGCUAGGAUGUAGGGUACCUAUAUACAGAUCGGUACAUAGGGACCCUUCUAGGAUGGGGGUUGUGUUGUUGGUUGCGAACCAACCUCGUUCGCUAGUGAUUAGUUCGCAAGCGAUUAAUGAUGAGUAGCUCGACCGCUUAUCUUGUAUCUACAGGCUUUGUAACUGUGAACAGUCAAGAGUUUUUAAUAAAUUAUUGCUGUUUUAUAUUUAUGGA